AUGUCUAUCGUCGGAUCGCAGACCACAAACUAUACUACCGGCAGUGGUCCAUCAAAUAUGACCAGCAGUUCGACGACACAAACUCCACCUGCUGCCAGUCUUGCGAUGAAGGCCAAGAUGGCUGAAUUGAACGCAGAUACAGCUAGAGCAGUACAAUAUUUGCUAGGCUUUCAGAUUGGAUCCAUAAUUGUGAGCAGGCAAGAGAUUAUUGUUUGCGAAUAG